AUGGAUUCCAUUAUUGAAGCCAACCCAAUAACACGUGAGUUCUUUGAAGCUCAAGCUCACUUGUAUAAACAUAUUUUCAGCCACAUCAAUGGAAUGGUUCUGAAAUGUGCCAUUCAAUUAAACAUCCCAGACAUAAUCCACAACCAUGGCCAACCCAUUACUAUUCCUCAAUUGAUCUCCAAACUUGAAAUUCACCCAACCAAAACUGCUUGUGUAGAGAGGCUUGUUCGUUUCUUGGUUCACAAUGGCUUCUUAUCAAAAACCAAAGUGAACGAUGAGGAAGAUGAGGAGGGAGAAAAUGAGGCAUUCGUUCUCACUCCUUCUUCUACAUUGCUUGUUAAGGGCUUGGAACCUAACCUAAUACCAAUGGUUUUAGCAACUUUUCACACUGAUGUGAUUGCUUCAUUGGAUUUGCUGGGGAAGUGGUUCAAAGGGAAGGAGAAGACAGUUUCUGAGAGUGCCUUUGGUUUAGGGAUAUGGGAUCUGCUUGAAAGUGAAAGACUUAAGAUGAAGGGAUGGCUAGCGAUUCGC